ACCGCAAAGGCAGAGGCCGUGAUGCCUUUGAUCGUCCAACUUCCCGUCUCUAAUUCAACAGCGGGGCAAACUCUCUUUCGCCCUGUUACCGAGGAGUCGCGAUCUUGAAGUCUAGAGCUCAAUGACCUCACUGGGCAGAGUGUAGGCAGGCCAUCAAGUAAGGCAGAUUCUCAUCGCCGCGUCUCUCUUCUAUCAGUCAUUCUCCUUCUACUGCUCAGCUCACAACCAGUACCAUCCUCAUCUCACCUCAGCACUCAUCCAGGCGGUCAAGAUGUCAUCAGCCGACGAGAAGAAGAUUGAAGACCGCGUCCAGGAGGGCAAGGACACCCUCCUCGAGAAGCUGAAGGAAGAUGGCGUCGUCAACCCGCAAGGCCUCGCCAUGGCCGGCUUCGGCGCCCUCUUCCUAGCCGCCGUGCCCCUGACCUCCUGGCUCGCCCAACCCAACGGCCUCCUCGAGCGCGCCAUCAACGGCACCUGCAGCGCAAUCGCCUUCAUCGGCUCCGCCGGCUCCAACAGCCGCGUCGCGCAAACCGGCAAGAUCGCCGCCCUCAGCACCCUCUACAUCACCAUGACCUACGCCCUCUCCGGCGCCGGGGCAGCCGCGGGCGUCGAUGCUGGCAACAAGGAAGGUCGGGAUAACAAUUACCCUCGUGCUCAGGUUGCGAAUUUGAGGGGACUUCCGUUGAGACUGCAUAGUGCGCAUUACAAUUUGAUGGAGAUGUUUGGUGGGUUUGGCUUGACGGCUGCGUUGGCGCAAGCGGUCGCGCCCACGGAUCAGACGGUCGUGAAUUUGUUGGGCUUACAUGUGUUGAGCAAGUGUUUCCUUUACUAUCCGAGUUAUUUGAUGAAUGUCGGCCCGUCGAGGUCGCUUGCGCAUGUGUUGGCGACGGCGAGCGUGAUUAAUGUUGCGCUGAGGUUGUCGAAGAAGCCGCUCUUGUAGGUAUACCAUUAUUCGAGUGAUGAGGAGAAGGAAUCACGACAGGAGCAGAUUUUGGGAAGCUGGGUUUGGAGGAGUGAACCAUGCGCUGCUGCAUUCAUAUCUUAGAGAGACAUUCAUAGCAGAUAUGUGUG